GAUAAAUAAUUUCUCGCUUUGCUAUGCAAUCUCUCUCUCUCUCUCUCUCUCCAAAAUUGAAGAAUUCUCAUCGGCGGCUUUUUUGCGAUCUCAAUUCUCUCCUCAUAUCUCUCUCCGACUCUGCGUUGUUCAUUGCUAUUCCUACUCUUUUUAGCGAUUUAUUUUAAUAUAUUUCUAUAUUUGACCAAUUAUCGUGGAACUCUGAGCUUGUCUGUGCAUUAAUUUUGAUUUGAUUUGAGGAAUGGCACUCUUCCAGACCUGAAUCGAUUGGGAAUCUUAGCUUGUUUCAGCAGAAAUGGAAGUGGGGGAUUCGGGAUUUUGAGCAUUUCAGGUGAUCUCCCCGAAUUAUUGGUUUUGCAAGCAGUGAUAGAGUGGAUUGCGAGAGGGGGGAGAGAGAAAGGUACUUAUUGGAUUGUUCAUAUUAAAUGAAUUUAUAAAAGGGCUCUGCUUAGAAAGAUCUGUUCUUUAUGCUUGCUCCUAUAUCUGUAAUAAUUCUGGUAAAGUGCAGAAAAGGGAAAGAAAAGGCGCAUUACUUUAUUAAGGCUGCAAGGAAUUAGAGUCCUUUUUUGUAGUGAAAUUGGAUUGAAAUUUGGCACUGGAUCUGGUGAAUUGUUUGGAUCAAGUGGAGGGUUGGGAGAGUUGAUUUUGAAGAACUUGGGAAGGUUAUCAGUAAGAGAGCUGUGACGGAGUCGAAUACGGAAAAUAGGGGGUGUGGUUGUGUUGCAGCUGUGGAGUGCUUGUUGAAUGUAGUCAGGGCCCUCCAGAUGGGGUCCUGCUUGUCUUCUGAAAGCAGGAGCCCUCUCCAAUCUCCCACAUCUGCUGUUGGGAGGAAGAGGAAGAAUUCUAAGAAGAGGCCUGGGUCCAGGAAUUCUUCCUUUGAUUAUAGGAAGGAAGAACAACUGCAUAGGAUCCCGGGGCGCAGGUUCUUGAGUGGCUCCAAUGAUGUGGCUGCUCUCUUUACACAGCAAGGCAAGAAAGGGCCCAAUCAAGAUGCAAUGAUUGUUUGGGAGAAUUUCGGUUCAAGAACUGAUACUGUUUUUUGUGGAGUCUUUGAUGGCCAUGGUCCCUAUGGUCACAUGGUUGCAAAAAGAGUGAGGGAUUCUCUUCCCUUGAAAUUAAGUGCGAUCUGGGAAGUUAAUACUAAAGGUGAGGAUGUCCUUAUAGAGAUCAAUCUAAAUUCGGCUAUGAAUUCUGAGAGUGCUUCCCUCCUAUCCACUGAUGAAGUUCCAAUGGCAUCUAUUGAUGUUGAAGAAACUCAUAAACAACCAGAUAUCUUUCUGACAUUGAAGGAUUCAUUUUUAAAGGCGUUUAAGAUCAUGGAUAGGGAACUGAGGACCACAAGUAUUGAUUGUUUCUGCAGUGGGACAACUGCAGUAACUCUUGUGAAACAGGGCCAGGAUCUUAUAAUCGGGAAUGUUGGAGACUCUAGAGCUGUAAUGGGUACAAGAGAUAAAGACAACUCUCUUACUGCUGUGCAGUUGACUGUGGAUCUCAAGCCUAGUAUUCCGGCUGAAGCCGAGAGGAUUCGCAAGUGUAAAGGACGUGUAUUUGCUCUUCGUGACGAGCCUGAGAUUGCAAGAGUGUGGCUGCCAAAUACAGACUCUCCUGGCCUUGCCAUGGCACGUGCUUUUGGAGAUUUUUGCCUCAAGGAUUUUGGUCUCAUCUCUGUACCAGAAGUUUCAUACAGGCGUUUAACAGAGAGAGAUGAAUUUAUUAUCUUGGCAACAGAUGGGAUUUGGGAUGUGCUUUCAAAUGACGAGGUGGUAGAGAUUGUGGCUUCAGCGCCUGCACGCUCAUCUGCAGCUAAAGUGCUGGUUGAAAGAGCUGUUCGAGCCUGGAGGACCAAAUACCCAACUUCCAAAGUCGAUGACUGUGCUGUUGUCUGCCUCUUCCUCGAUUCACACUCAAACAAUAUAUCUUCUGCCUCCAAUGACAAGGUAAAGGGCCACUCUAGCACUGCUCGAAACGGUGAAGAUGUCCCUGGACAAGAAAGCGAGGAAUAUUUAGAAGAGAGCAACGAGGAAACCUCCGAGCAAGAAGAAGGUUGGAAAGACUGGUCUUCCCUUCAAGCGGUGUCUCGUGCAGACACCUUAUUAACCUUGCCAAGGUAUGAGCCGGAACACGAGGAAGAUAAAACCGCAGCAGGAGGGACAAAGACAAAGACGAAAACCAAUAAAGGGUAAAACAACCAAAGGUCUAGAUUUGAAUUUUGCGACCCAGAUUUCAUUUUUGUGUAUCUUUAAAAAUAUCAUUAGGGUAUUGUUUUUCUACAAGGGGAAAAGUUGUUGUAUGGCCAUUGGCAUUCAUUCUGGACAGGAGAGGUAUGCCCCACUUUAUUAGUGCCUGGGGAUCCCCCAUCUCUCUUCCCCUAUCAAGUGUGGUAAGAAUUGGAAUUUUGUAGCAUCCAAAGUGCCAUCUUUUUAUGAUCCUAUGUUCUUGUUCCAGAUUCUUUUGUCAGUUGAUAAACUUGUGUGAUUCAUUAAAAAUUUGUUCCAUUAAUGAUAUUCUGUGGCCAAGCAGGCCCCUUUUGCUUCAA